UCUUCUUCUCCUAUUUUUCCAAAGAACCCCUUCUUCAUUUAUAAAGAACCCACAAAAAGUAUUUCAUUCUCCAUACGUCACAAAGACUUCGAUCCCAAAUAAUGGACCGACGUAACCCUUUCCAUCAUCACGACCAUGAACUUUACCACUUGAUCCAACAGCAACAGCUCCCUCUACCGCCGCAGAGUACGACGGCUGCGAUGGAUUCCAGUGGCGGAGGAGGUGAGAGAAUCCCUCAGUGGAGCAUAGAGGAGACAAAGGAGCUUUUGGGUAUAAGAGAAGAUCUCGAUCAGACUUUCAUGGAGACCAAACGUAAUAAGCUACUUUGGGAAGUCGUCGCCGCUAAAAUGGCCGACAAGGGUUUUGCCCGAAGCGCAGAACAGUGUAAGAGCAAGUGGAAGAACCUCGUCACUAGAUACAAGGCGUGUGAAACGACUGAACCAGAAGCUAUUAGGCAGCAGUUCCCAUUCUACAGCGAGAUCCAAUCGAUUUUCACAGCAAGAAUGCAAAGAAAUUUGUGGUCAGAGGCCACAGAAGGAAGCACUUCUUCGAAGAGAAAACACCAUCAGUUUUCAUCUGACGAAGAGGAAGAAGAUCAAGUUGAGGAGCCAAAUCAAGACAUCAACGAGGAACUAUUGUCUUUCAUCGAGACAGACAAGAAAAAGGCAGAAGUGAUUACUACUAGUACUUCUACUGAUCCAAGAAAACGUGUGAAAAAAGGAAAAGGUAUAUUUACAGGUAGUACCAAAGCUGAAACCGCGGGUAGUACAUUUAAAGAAAUAUUGGAGGACUUUCUGAGGCAAACGGUGAAGAUGGAGAAAGAAUGGAUAGAUGCAUGGGAGAUGAAGGAGAGAGAGAGGGAGAAGAGAGAGAACGAAUGGCGGAGGAGAAUGGCUGAUCUAGAGGAGGAGAGAGCUGCUGCGGAGAAGAGGUGGAUGGAGAGAGAGGAUGAGAGACGGUUGAGAGAAGAAGCUAGGGGUCGGAAGAGAGAUACACUCAUUGAUGCUUUGCUUAAUAAGCUUAAUAGAGAUCACAAUGAUGAUCAUUAUCAAGGCUUUUAAAUAUUGUUUUCUAGCUAUUUGAUUUAAGCAUGGGAUCACGUAGCUAGUUCUUUAGUAACUUAAAUCUCAUUUUAUUAAUGUUUGUUUUAUUUAGUAUAUGAAUAAUUUAAAGUUGAAA